CAGAUGCCACAACAAAGGCGUGUGAGGUACUUUCCUCUAAGCCUCUUAGUCCUGGUCUGUCACCCUGCCAACUGCACACACUGGACCAUGGAGGAGCUUCUGUUACCGAGUGGCGAGGAGGAGGCUGGCUCCGUCAACGGCUCGUGUGGUCCCGGGAGCACAGAGGGGACGAUGGGGGACCAAAUGAAGACUUUCCUCCGGGUGACGGGGAAGUCGGACCUGCGGCGGAGGAUCCAGGAGUUCUGCCGGAGGAACGGGCUGCUCACCCUGUCCGUCAUCGCGGUGCUGACGGGCUGCACGCUGGGCUUCAUGCUGAGAGGAACCCAGCUCUCCACACAGGCCAAGAUCUACUUCUCUUUUCCUGGAGAGCUGCUGAUGAGGAUGUUGAAGAUGCUCAUUCUUCCUCUCAUCACGUCCAGUUUAAUGUCGGGUCUGUCGUCGAUGGAGUCGAAGGCGUGUUGUCGGAUGGGCGUGCUCACCGUCACCUACUACCUGUGGACCACCUUCAUCGCCGUAGUGGUCGGCAUCAUGCUCGUCAUCAUCAUCAAACCCGGCGUGGGGACGGAGAUGGAGAGCCACCGGCUGGGAGGGGGGCCCGUCAUGACCUCGGCCGACGCCCUGAUCGACCUCAUCAGAAACAUGGUUCCAUCGAAUCUGAUUGAAGCAACAUUUCAGCAGUACAAAACAGAUCUGAUUCCCAUCCUCAAAGUCCCGACCAGAACCGUUCAGCCCAACUUCGUCUACCUCGUCCCCGAUGAGAACGACCCUAAAGGUCGGACGGUGUACCUGGAGCUGACUCCGCCCCCAGAGAUCACGUACAAGACGAAACCCGGCAGCAGCCAACAAAUGAACGUCCUUGGCAUCGUCAUCUUCUCUGCAACCAUGGGUCUGUUGCUGGGCAGGAUGGGAGAACGAGGGGCUCCGCUGGUCAACGUCUGUCAGUGCAUCAACGAGUGCGUCAUGAAGAUCAUCAACGCUGCUGUUUGGUACUUUCCUUUUGGGAUCAUCUUCCUGGUGGCUGGGAAGAUCCUGGACAUGCAGGACCCGAGCACCCUGGGGAAGAAGCUGGGCUGGUAUGGCAUCACCGUCCUCGCAGGCCUUUUUGUCCAUGGACUCAUCCUGCUUCCUCUCUUCUACUUCAUCCUCACCAGGAAGAACCCGUUCACCUACAUCCGCGGGCUGCUGCAGGCCCUGGUGAUCGCCCUGGCCACCUCCUCCAGCUCUGCCACGCUGCCCAUCACCAUGAAGUGUUUGUUGGAGAACUGCAACGUCGACCGACAGAUUGCUCGCUUCGUCCUUCCUGUUGGAGCCACCAUCAACAUGGACGGCACGGCGCUGUACGAGGCGGUGGCUGCCAUCUUUAUCGCUCAGGUUAACGACUACGAGCUGGACUUCGGUCAGCUGGUCACCAUCAGCAUCACGGCUACAGCCGCCAGCAUUGGUGCAGCAGGGAUUCCCCAGGCUGGGCUGGUUACCAUGGUGAUCGUACUGACAUCUGUGGGGUUACCGCCUGAUGACAUCACACUCAUCGUGGCCAUUGAUUGGAUCCUGGACAGAUUUCGGACCAUGAUCAACGUCCUCGGUGACGCCCUCGCUGCAGGAAUCAUCGCCCACCUCUGUCGGAAAGAUUUCCCUCUCAGUGAAACUGGAAAGUCUGUGCCGUCCUACGGAACCCAGACUCCUCACAACUCCCACAGCAUCAACAUGCCAAUGACAGAGAUCCACACACACAAAGACUGUAUGUUCGAUGCGCUGGGCGACUCAGCAGGUGAGAACCACGCCCACACCGUCUACUACAACAUCUGUCAGGUUUGAUGGGAACAGACGGAGCCACAUCACACGUCAGCGUCCGGUCGAGUCCGCUCGAGUCUCAGUGCCAAGUGAACGGGAGCGUUGAGAAGUGAGGGACUCUGCACACGGAGCAAGAAGCUCCUUCUUAACGUGACGGAGACGGUUCAGGUGACUGGAGCUUCGGUUGUUUUCCUGCUCACUGAUGAGAGUGUGAGGGGUCAAAGGGCAAACAGACCAUGACGUCACUUUGAUUCAAACCCGCCCUCAACCCUAACGAGCUCACUUUGGGAAAGUCUGACAGCGUCUCUGGUUGAUGUUGAAGCGAUGAACAGAUGAACACGAGCCUGAUCUGCACUGGAGGAUUAUGGGAACACAACACCGUCCCUGGAGCACCUGCAGGUUCCUCAUGUGGCCCGACAGCGCCACCUAGAAGACAGAGCCCCCUCAGGAUCCCUUUCCUUUCUGGUGUUCUACAGUGGAAUCAGUGUCAUUAUCUCAACCAGAACUCCACUGGUGGGUUUUCACUGUAUUUGUGGCCCAAGUUCUAGUUCGGUCCCAGAUACGAUUUUGGCCCAAAGACCUGAUGGACCAGUGCGUGUCGGGCUCGGUUCUGUACUACAACCAGGAUACGCUUGUUCAGAUGUGUUCCACACGAUGACGGCGUUCAGCAAAGGAGCGUCGUAGAUGCCGACCCUGGAAGACGUCUGGACGACCACGACCGUGACUCCUGGGAUUUAUGCAGAGAGUUUAGAUGGAUAGUCAGUAGCAUUGUUUGUCUUUUGAACUGGUUUGUUAUCGGUUUAGGACCCGAGACCUCUGGAAACCAUAGGGGCUCUUGUAGACGACGCCCAGCCGAGCGAGGGUCAUUUGUCCAGAUGUACCGUGAAUAAAUUCUGGUCCUGUUUGUUUAGGUGGAUAAGUUUGAAUGUGUUCCUCAUCUUAACUUGGACUUUAGAGCCAGAACCAGUGUCUUCGUGUUGAGAAAGAUGAUCUGAAGACGGUAGAAACCACUGAAGAAACCACAUUGGAUCAAAUGUUACAUUUCACCUAAAUAAGCUAAAACAUGUUGGAUCCACAAACUAAGAUCCGUCAGCUGGUGUUUUAUCUGGAAUCUACCAACAGGAUGAACUCCUUCGUUUUGCCGUUUGUUCUCUUGUCUUAUGUUCAUAACUCGGGUGCUUACACUCACUUUGACUGGACUGUGAUUGGCCGGUUCUCACUGCUUCAGACUGACUGAAGGGUUAAAGGGAAAUCCGCCCAAUCAGACAGCUGAAUGAAUCAAGUGCUCUUCAUCUCGCAGACUCCUCCUCCUCCUCCUGGCUGGUUUGUACUCGACAGCAUGCUGGCAUGCGUUCCAACUUUACGUGCUUUAUUUUCUUCUUGUUUUGAUUGAAUGUUUCAAUGUAAACUAAGUGCUGUAGGAAUUAUGGGAAUUUCCCACGGUCACUAGCACAAACGUGAACAGAUGCUAGUUUGAGUUGUGUUUUAUCUCUCGUGACAAAUCGCUUCAAUUCAUUGAUGAUCAGUGGAAACACAAACUCUGUUUCCACUGGUGCAUCUCAUCCGAACUGCAUCACGUCCACGUGGCUCAUUUAAAGUAUCAGGUGGGGAAUAUAACUGCAGAUAUUUCAUUUGGUUGUUUUUAUUUUUGGUUAAUUGAAGAGUAGGAUUCCAACAAUGUUUCGAUCAACAAAAAAUAAAAAAUAAAUAUCUUUAAUGUCAUUUUUGAAAACAAUUUUGUUUUCAAAUUUGAGGAUUUGCUGUUUUGUCUGAACCUCAGAAACUGAACAUGGACGACAUGACGGCUCCCGACAGUGAAGCCCAAGCAUCUUGAUCUUCUCCACGUUCAGGAGGAAUUAAAGGUGUAAAGUUAAAAUACACCAGAUAUUUGUGUGUUCGCUGUGAAGUGCUCCUUGACCGGAUUUCACUGUUGAGUAGUUGUGUUGCUUCAACGUGAAAACGUAGAUCUGCCUUAAUCUGACUGUUGAUCCUCUUUUAAACCUCAACGUUCAUCUGCCAACACAAACCGUCACUUUCCUCAAACUUCAUCUUGUACAUACGUGUUGAUUUUUUAUUUAUGAAAUAUGUUUGUGUUGUUUGUUUAUUUAUAUUUGAAAACUGUUAAUAAACAGAAUUCUCUCUUUCA